AUGCAUGAUACAGGCGGUUUGCCAAAGGACGAGCCAACAAUUGCAGAAAUGUUGAAAACCUAUGGAUAUAAUACUGGAAUGGCUGGGAAAUGGCAUUUAGGAAUUAAUGAAAAAAAUCAUUCUGAUGGAAGUCAUUUACCUGGACGGAGAGGAUUUGAUUUUGUUGGGAUAAAUAUGCCUCUUACUUUGCUUUGGGAAUGUGACGAGACUGGAGAGCUUUAUCCUGGAGGGCCUGACCCGGAAAUGUGUUUUGUUUAUAAGGGAGAUAAGGCAAGUUAAAUAAUCUG